AUGGCGCCCCAUGUUCUUAUGCAUGCAAUGCCAUUGACCACAUCUGUACAUUUUGAUUUGUUACCUUAUUUAUUUGUAGCGAAUUUUGGUGCCGUUUUAUUUGACGAUCGAGCAACUCAAUGGUCGUUGUCCAGACCGCUAUUGGGAUUAAUAUUAUUGAAUCGAGAUUAUAUGUAUACAUAUACACAAAAUCUUAUUCAAUAUCAAUUGCCUGAACGAAGAGAAAUACUGCAGAAGGCUCUCGAUAGUCUGAUGGAGGAUGUCGAACUCAAUCUUACCACAAAAAAUCGAGAUCGAUUCACACAGAACUUAACCUCAUUCAAGCGUGAAUUAAAUAACAACAAUGUGAUAUUAGUACAACCUCCGAUAGAUCCAAAGUUGAUUAUGUGA